UGCCAUAUUGAAACACCCCCAUCAUUCGAGAAUAGCCUCCAUUCAACUAAAUCCUCGACAUAUUCUAGAUAAUGAUUGCUAUUGUCUGUGAGCGGGGCUAUGAGCCUGCAAGCACCCGAUCGCGGCCCCGCAGCUGCCCGAUCUCUUCGGGUGGCUUUUCACCGACUUUCGUCACUGCCAAGUCCGCCAUGCACCUGGGAGCAUUAAACCAACCUCCUUCAAUCGUUAAUAAGUCAGCCAUAUCGCCUAUCCCAGAGUUGGGUGAUAACUUGCUCUCGUUCUACCUCAAGGUGGAUAUAUUAAAUUGAAAGUGAUGCCCGUGUCGUGAUGCGGUUUAUAUCCUUCUCGGCACUCCAAGUGCUACUGUACGGCGGCGUAGCCACAUCCGAAUAUGCACAGUCUCCCCUAGUCUAUCCCUCGCCUACCGGGAAGGGUGCUGGUACAGCAUGGGCCGGCGCCUAUGCUCGUGCUAGAGACCUCGUCAGUCAAAUGACACUGGAAGAGAGAGCUAAUAUUACUCGCGGCUUCGCUGUCCCGGACAAUACCUGCGCUGGGAACACAGGAACCGUGCCCAGACUGAAUUGGCCUGGUCUUUGCCUUCACGAUGCGGGUAACGGGGUGAGAGCGACGGAUCUAGUUACCUCCUUCCCAUCAGCUCUUCACGUGGGUGCUUCUUGGGACAGAAACCUGACUUACCAAAGAGGACUUUAUAUGGGUAAAGAGUUCAAGGCAAAAGGAGUCAAUGUGUUGCUGGGACCUAACGCUGGACCUCUUGGACGAACACCUCUUGGGGGCAGGAAUUGGGAAGGCUUUUCGGUCGACCCCUAUCUUUCUGGGCAGCUUGUUUCUGAGUCCAUUAUAGCUCACCAAGAGGCUGGGGUCAUCGCUACCUUAAAGCACCUUAUUGGCAAUGAGCAAGAGACGUUCAGGCGCCCCUACUUCGGAGUAGAGGCUGAAUCUUCUAACAUUGAUGAUAAAACGCUUCAUGAGUUCUAUCUUUGGCCUUUUGUGGAUGGUGUAAAGGCCGGGACUGCUUCGGUUAUGUGCUCAUAUAACAGAAUCAAUAACACUUACGGCUGUAUGAAUAGCAAGCUGAUGAACGGAAUACUGAAGACGGAGCUACAGUUCGACGGUUUCGUAGUACUUGAUUGGAACGCCCAGCACAAUGUGAACAGUUCUAAUGCUGGCUUGGAUAUGGUAAUGCCGUCAGGGGGCUCCUUCGGUACCAACCUCACCGAUGCCGUGAGCAAUGGGACUGUUGAUGCAUCCAGAGUCACAGAUAUGGCAACCAGGAUCAUUGCUGCAUGGUAUCUUGUCGGCCAAGACAAUUUCCCGAUACCAGGGAAAGGAAUGAAGAAUCUCACGCAACCUCAUGAUCCAGUGGAUGCCCGUAUUCCGGAGUCCAGAGACAUCGUUUUGGAAGGAGCAAUUGCUGGACAUGUUCUAGUGAAAAACAACGACGCACUACCUUUCAAGAAAAGCCCUGUAAUGCUUUCUGUGUUUGGCUAUGAUGCCACUGUACCUGCAACCAAAAAUACCGAUAUCCUUUUCCAGCUCGGUUACACUUCUUCACAAGAAAUGGGCCAAGCGGUAUUAGGCACCGAGGAACACUUCGACCAGGCAGCAAAAGGUGGAACUAUUGUUACAGGUGGGAGGGCUGGCGCCAACGGCCCGGCAUAUAUCACUGAUCCGUUGAGCUCCAUUCAACAUCGUGCUCGUCAAGAUGGUACCUGGGUAAACUGGGACCUUACAUCUUUCGACCCAGACGUGAACGGUGCUUCAGAUGCUUGUCUAGUCUUCAUAAACGCCAUUGCCACGGAAGGGUGGGAUCGGGACGGUCUGCACGAUGAUUUCAGUGACGGGCUCGUCCAAAAUGUCGCAGCCAAGUGUUCAAAUACAAUUGUGGUCAUCCAUGCAGCUGGUGUCAGGCUUGUUGACCAAUGGAUUGAACAUCCCAACGUCACCGCAACUAUCAUGGCGCAUCUUCCUGGCGAAGAAAGCGGUGAGGCCCUAGUUAAACUCCUUUAUGGGGAGGCCGGAUUCUCGGGGAAACUUCCAUACACUUUAGCUCGCAACGAGAGCGAUUACUCGGUGUAUAAGCCUUGUGGACUUGUCUCGCCGAACGAUACAAGCCCCCAGUGUGAUUAUACGGAGGGCAUAUACGUUGAUUACCGAGACUUCGACGCGAAGAAUAUCACGCCACGCUUUGAAUUCGGGUUUGGGCUAAGUUAUACCAUGUUUGAAUAUUCGUCACUUUCUAUCAAUCCCCUCCCAGGACUGUCAAAUUGCGUGGGCAAGAAAUAUCCGUUCCCGACGAGCGACGAUGUAUGGGAGGUUGUGGCCAUGGUAGAGGCAGAGAUCACCAACACAGGGUCAGACUCAGGGGCUGAGGUUGCGCAGCUGUAUCUCGGUAUACCGAAUAGUGCGCCUAAGCAACUGCGUGGUUUUAACAAGACAUCGCUACUAUUACCGAAUGAGACGCAAAUUGUGCGUUUCGAGCUGACACGGCGAGAUUUCAGCGUGUGGGAUGUCGUUGCGCAGGCGUGGACUAUUCAGGCGGGGAAUUACACCGUAUGGUUGGGCGCAAGCAGCCGAGAUAUUCGGUUAACGGGCAAUAUCGAGGUUUAGAAACCCUCGUAUUAUGCUGCGAUUGCGCAGAUCAUGCUGGGUUCACAUUAUUACGAGGCCUCUGCUUGAGCUCCAGACAAGGAGUAAGAUAAGCGCUGAUGACAACAAUGACGAUAGCAUGAUGUUAUUUUAGGGCCAAUUGAGAUGAGCAUGCCGUGUGUCUGCCGUGUGUCAAGCCUACUUAGAUAUGAAUAGUCUAGUUUAUAGAGCGCACAUCUCUUCCUCAUGUAAAGCUCAAAUACUGUAGGGCUAGAGUACCAAGUGAACGGGCUGGAUUGCACAUUUCCCCCACUCAUGCAACUGUCUUACACGGGGCGAUCCGUC